AUGCGGACGGGCACGCCGUCGGAGUUGCAGCUUGCCACGCCAACCCGGGUGGGGCUAGCUCAGGGUCAAGCGCACAUGCAUGUGAAUGCUCAGGGGACGUUACUCACGGACCAGCUGGUGCAACCGAUCUGCUCGCUAGGAUUAUUGGUGAAGGAGUGCAGGUACAAGGUGUCUUGGGAUGAUCAAAGGUUUGAGCUCCGAGGCCCGAACGGUGAGCGAAUUGAGACGAAACUUCGGGGUGAUUGUCCCGUAGUUUCGGAGAGUCUAGGUUUGGCCAUGAUCAAGGAGAUCGAGGACAAAAGACAUGCCAGAGCGCUGCGGCAGCUCUAUCUUCGGGUGGUCAGGCAGAAGGCUACAGAAGUGGAAGAGUCGUCGGAGCUGAGGGUUGCGGGUGUUACUUUGAUAGAGAUGCUGGAAUGGCUUAACCGGGAGGCUGGGGAUCUGGGAGAGAGCGUGCUAUCGCAGGUCCCUCCAGAGAGUUUUCAGGUAGAGCAUCACUCGUUGGUGUUAAAUCGCCGCAAGCGUCGGGCCUGGGAUCGGGCCGCGGGGAUAGUUGUUCAUCUAUUCGCGGGUCACAUCACAGGUAGAUCCCUGCUCGCGCUUCAGGGCCUAAAGAGUGUGACUCACUCGGAGGCGCGGGAGCACCUUCCGGGGGAGGAGAAGUUGUGGCAGUGGCUUAAUGGGCAGCACACGGUUUUAAGGCCAAGUAGGGAUGAGGCUCUCAAGCACCACUGUGAGCAGCUCUCCUUGAUGGCUCUAAACUCGCAGGCCCAGACCGAGACACUGAACUCCACGCCACAGGAGAGUAGUCCGUUGCGACCUGGUGAUCAGAUGCGGUAUCUAUUGGUUGCGACGUUGUCGGUGCCUUGGUUCGAAGGUGGUAAGCUGGUGGACCUUACUAAAGGGGACUCCCACAGUGAUCAUCUUAUCCCGCCCGAUGGAGAGGAUGAGAUGUUUCUUGCCGAUGGCAUGUUGGAUGGAUUGGGAGGUGAAGUUGAAGGGGUUCCAGGUGAAGAGGCUGCGGGUGUCGAUUUAGGGGAGGUCUUCACGAUUGAUGCAGACGGCGAGGAAGGUCCCGAAGACUCGGUAGGCACAGUGAAAGCAGGCAAGAAAGCCGAAGAGCACGAGGCAUUUUGGCGUAAGGAGUGUGAGCCCGUGAUAUCCAUCGUACCUACUCACUACCUGGAGACAGUCGUUCGAAUGGUCUCGCAGAGCGAAUAG